CCGGCAGACCCAGUUUGUAAUUCUCGUGGCUGUCGCAUAGAGAGGGUUAGUGACUGCUGAAUCGAUUCUGCUUCUGAGCCUGGAAGUGGUGUGGUACGAGGUCAUAAAUAUAAAGGAAUUGGUACCAGGCUGGGUGGGAUCAUUUCGUCGCUCUAACAGAGUUGUUUUGUUGCUUGUAUGGAGCAUGGGUUUGUAGUCUUGUUAGAAUGGUGAGGGGUGUUGGAGGAAGAGUCUGCGUUGCGGUGAGGCUUGUUCGAUGAGAGAUGGUUGCGUGGUUUAGGUAAUGCAUUUAUUGUUCCCCUCCCGCUCCCUAUUUUUUUUUGGGGGUUUGCUGCAGCAGCUGUCCUUCUCAAGUGGAAAGGUAGUGUGAAUAGGUGGAGUGAGGGAAGAGCUUCUCCUCAAGUGCUCUGACAACUUUAGGGUUUAUUUGCAGGAAGCUACCAAGUGUUGAAUGACCAAGCCAUCGCUUUAUGAUUGCAAGAGUACUCCCUGACACGCGUGGAACAGGGGAUUAAGUGAAUGGGAGGGAAUGCGUUUCUGAGAGGAAUCUCAUGUUCUACUAUGAGAAUGUAGAGAAAACAAGAGGCGUCCGUGUUGCACUUGUGUGGGUGCAUGUCGUACUUGCAAGUUUUGUAGAGGAAAACUUAAGUUACUUAUGUUUCGCAAGAGUUUUAGGUUUCGAGGGAUCGCCACUGCCAGAUUUAGACACACACUUUUCAAAGAGUGAGAGGGGGCGAGGUUGAGGGGAGAACGCUGGCGCGCACAGGGGGCGCCUGAUGGCUGAUCGGCCUCAAGCACAUGUAACUUUUCAUGAAAUUCGUCUGGAAGUGAAAGAGCCGAAGUACAAAAGCGUGAGUAUCAUCUUAAGCGGAGCUGGAGAUAAGGGAGGGGGCGAAAGCGGGGAAGAAUGCUGAGUGUAGUGCGGGUGCACCUCCCGACCGACAUUCCCAUUGUAGGCUGCGAGUUGUCGGCCUAUGUGCUGUUGCGACGGGGAGAUUCGAGUCUUUCUCCUGAAGAUGUUACCGAGGCAUCGUCUACGGAUGGCUAUUUUCUCCAGUGUCGAUGGUACCGACUGCAGAGUGAACAGACAAUUCUAGUCUGCUGUGUACACCCAGCUGAGCCUGCUACACUGCAAUGUAUGCAGUGUAUGAAAGCAAAACUCCCCCAGUCAAAAAGCUUACAUUGCACCCAGAAGUGUUUCACAGACUCAUGGCGGCGUCAUGUUAUUAUGCACCAGGAGGCCAUCGACAAGCGAGAAAACGGUUUCGAAGAAGAAGAUUCCUCUUACGUGUUCAACUCUAACCCGGCAAAAACUCAUCAAUCCUUGGAUGGGGGUUUAGGUAGUGGUGCAAUGCGCGGUGUUAAUCACACCAAUGGAUCUAUAUUCUCUAGCCCUGUUCUGAUGGCAUCUCACAAUCAGAACCAGGAAUCCGGUGAUGUGUGGUGCGAGGUUGGACAGGGGAAGACCUAUACACCGACAACGGAGGAUGUAGGUCACAUUCUGAAGAUAGAGUGCGUGGUAAUCGAUGGAAGUAUGGGGCGGCCGGCAGAAUCUCCUCAUCAGAGGCAAACAUCACGUGUCAUCCCUGCACCAUCUCCAACUCCGCGGCGGUUGAUGACUGUGAAUUCUGUGGAUGGAAUGGGUCUGGUGGAGACGGAUGGGCGCACUGCGUCUUUUGGGACUUUUACUGUGCUUUCUUACAAUGUUCUAUCGGACCUGUAUGCUACCAGUGAGCAGUACAGUUACUGUCCUCCGUGGGCAUUGGCUUGGACGUAUCGAAGGCAGAAUCUGCUCCGGGAAAUUGUAGCGUACCGGGCAGACAUUCUAUGUCUUCAGGAGGUGCAAAGCGAUCAUUAUGAAGAUUUUUAUGCAGUUGAGCUAGAAAAGCAUGGUUACACAGGUGUAUACAAGAAGAAAACUGGUGAGGUGUAUACAGGAUCUGUUUAUGUUAUUGAUGGUUGUGCUACCUUUUUUCGGCGAGAUCGCUUCUCAUUAGUAAAGAAAUAUGAGGUGGAGUUUAAUAAGGCCGCACAGUCAUUGUCGGAGGCUUUGAUACCAACUACUAAGAAGGCGGCUUUGAGUAGGCUUUUGAAGGACAAUGUAGCUCUGAUCGUGGUGCUGGAAGCGCGGGACACUGGAAGGCCAAUGGAUUCCCAAGCAGUUUCUGGCAAGCGUGGCCAACUUCUUUGUGUGGCAAACACGCAUAUUCAUGCAAACCAGGAACUUAAGGAUGUCAAGCUCUGGCAGGUACACACUCUUCUGAAAGGACUUGAAAAGAUAGCAGCCAGCGCAGACAUACCAAUGUUAGUGGCUGGUGAUUUCAACUCUGUUCCUGGCAGUGCACCGCAUUGCCUGUUGUCAACAGGCCGUGUAGAUCCUGCUCAUCCAGAUCUACAAGUUGAUCCACUCAACAUUUUGCGGCCUGCAAGCAAACUUUGCCAUUCUUUGCCCUUGGCAAGUGCUUAUGCAUCGUUUGGGAAGAUGAACGGAAUGAACACUACAGUAGAGAAAUUGAGGCUUCGAAUGGAUUCAACCACUAGCGAACCACAAUUCACUAACUGUACCCGAGAUUUUCUGGGCACCCUCGAUUAUAUUUUUUACACUGGGGAUUCACUUAGCGUAGAAUCACUUUUGGAAUUGUUGGAUGAAGACAGUUUACGCAAAGACACUGGGUUGCCUUCUCCGGAAUGGUCAUCUGACCACAUUGCCUUAUUGGCUGAGUUCCGGUGUAAACCUCGCAUGCGUCGUUAGACUUGCUUCUUCAAGCUUUGUUGGGACUUGAACAAAUCGCAGUUUGUUUAAGCCAUUGGUUUUGGUUGCGCACUUGAGCAGCCAACGACUUAUCUAUCAUUUCUCAUGCGUUAAUCUAUCUUUGACACUGUUUCAGAAAUCAGAGUACAGAAGCCGAGAGUUUGUUUUCUUUAUAAGUUUCUACUCGCCGACAAGAAGUCAGUUAUUUAUAUUAUUAGAGACAUGAAGAAGCAUUUAUUUCUGCUCCUGUUUAGCAGAUCGUAUUCAGAGUUGCAGUUGACGUGAGGUUCGGAGUUUGAGCUCAGAGUUGAGUAGUUGUCGCCAUUUUCCCGGACAGAAUAUAGCCACCUGCAACAGGAUGAAUAAGGUUGGAUUAGAGAGCGCUCCAAGUGAAAUACUAGUUCAGUUGUACAUUUUUCUAGGUCAGCAGCUAUUGGGUGUUAUACAAUUAUUGAAAUUUGAUGAUUUAAUGUGUCAGCCUGCGUGAUAAGAAAGUGCAAUUGUUUCCUCACGAACGGCACGAAUCGGGGAUGUCCGUACGUUGACCAUCAACAGGCGGUGCAAGGAGAUGUAGAAGAUGGAUAAAGGGUAUGCAGUGAAGCACAGCAAUGGAAGGUCAUGCACAAGUGAACGCUACUGGAGAAUACAAACCUGAUCUUUGGCAACAAAUAAAUCACGUCAUCAUCAUUGUUUACGUGUGUGAAUCGUAGUAGAGAUUAUUGAAAUGGUACCAGUCAUAAUGUUGUUACUGUACAGAAAAUAAGUAGCUCAACACAGGUAAGUAGGAAGUUUGUACUAAGAUGUAUACGUCAAUACAAUGAGACUGAUUAUCAA